AUGCAACAGAACAUUCACUCUUUCACACCCACCAACGGGAAGGAUCGCUGUAAGUUAUGUCUCUCCUAUUGCGGGCCCAUUUAUCUUGUUGUUGUUAUUCUCUCUUUCCUUGGCGCCUAUGCGGCAUUCUUCAUUGGGUUAUGCUUGCGAUAUCCCACUUCAUGGAAGUUGGCUGUUUGCAUCUCAUGUCUGUUCACCGGCGCUGUGUUGGCUGGCAUUUUGAUUUUUACCCUGCUUCGGGCGGUCUUCACGCCAGCUGGUUAUGUCCCACAGUCGCCGUGGCAAUAUCCACCACGUUAUAUCGGUGAGUGUCCGGGGUUCGUUCCCCCGUCUGGUGAGGGUGUAGGUGAAAAUCCCAAUACGGUGCGGCAGUUGGAUCGUCAUAAUCAACUGCGCUACUGCACUGCCUGCAAGCAAUUCAAACCAGAUAGGGCAUACCACUGCGAAUCGUGUGAGCGGUGCACAUUUGACUUUGACCACCACUGCCCUGUACUCAACAAUUGUAUUGGACGUGGCAAUUACAAGAUGUUCGUUCUGUUUCUUUGCUACGUUCCCAUAGUCGGUUGUGUUUUGGGUGGCCUGAUGUUUGUGGGUUUCUUUGUAGUGGAUGAAGCGGAGCCGGCAGUUGCGUGGAUGGUGUUCGCGAUGAUUAUGAUGAUCUUCUGCGCCGUUAUUGGUAUAUUUGGCUGUGUGCAUUUGUGUUGGCUCUGUCGCGGAGAGUCCACCAUGGGGCGCCACGUGAGUAGUUUUAACAAACAGCGGGGCCGAAGCAAAGAAGAGCGUGCACGAGAGCGGGAGGAACAUUGCAAUGCCGUGUGUGGAGUGAGGCGAGUGUGGUGGCGUCUUGUCAUGCCAGUCUUGCCCCUGCGGGAAGAGGCGGCUUCACUUGUUUGA